ACCACUCAACAUGGGAACAUUGGCAUCAACAUGCAAUGACAGACCGUAUGAGAAAAUAGUAAGCCUUUUUAAAGCAAUACGUCAUAAUAAUUUCAAUCGCGCAAAAAACCUCAUGUCGUCUGGAAUAGAUAUCAACUGUAUAAAUUAUUCUGGUGCUACUCCACUAAUUGAAACAUGUCGCUGUCGAUAUCUUCCUCAAACACAGAUUCAGCGUGAAGAAUUUGUGCAGUUUUUAAUAGACAUGGGAUGCGACAUCAUGCGAAUUGAUAUACACGGACGUACAGCACUACUGUACGCUGAAAUGAAUGGACAUGAUGCAAUAGUUGAACUUUUAGAUAGAUAUGAAAACAGAAAGAGGAAAACAGAUUUUGUGUAUGAGUUGGAAACGAUUGCUGAAGAAGACCUAAAAGACAGUUUUAAAGAAAAUGCUAAAUAUGUGCAUUAGUAACAGUACGGAGUGCAAUUGUAAUGCAAUUGAAAGCUAUACACGGUAUUCGAUAUAGAGUACACGCAGUAUGCUUAAAACAUUAUUGCUGUAGGAGAUCUAACAUAUUGUUGUGAGUUGACUCUCAAAAUCAUUCAAUGU